ACUUCCGGGAUGCUGGCAGGAGGUGAGGCACUUCCGGUUGUGAGCUCCGUGGCCGGAUGACGUGGCUGAGCGGCCGCUGAGGAGGCGGCGGGUGUCUGUACAGGGGCAGUAUCUGUAGCGGCGGAAGGAGAAGGCGGAAGGCUUUACCGAGGGAACCUCCGAGACAUUGACCGCUGCGUGUCCCCAGCCGCCAGGACAAGAUGAGAUCGCUGAGGCUGCUGGUGCUCUGCUUGUCGGCGCUGUACGCCCGGGCGGAUGAACACGAGCACACGUAUAAUGACAAAGAGGAGGUGGUUUUAUGGAUGAACACAGUAGGACCAUACCACAAUAGGCAAGAGACAUACAAAUAUUUCUCACUGCCAUUCUGUGUUGGAAAAAAGAAAAGUAUUAGUCACUAUCACGAAACCUUAGGAGAAGCUCUUCAAGGAGUUGAAUUAGAGUUUAGUGGCUUAGAUAUAACAUUUAAAGAUGAUGUGAUGCAGGCAACCUAUUGUGAAAUAGAACUGGACAAGGCAAAGAAGGAUGCAUUUGUUUAUGCAAUAAAGAACCAUUACUGGUAUCAGAUGUACAUAGAUGAUUUACCAAUUUGGGGAAUUGUAGGUGAAGCUGAUGAGAAUGGAGAUGAUUACUAUCUUUGGACAUAUAAAAAGCUUGAGAUUGGAUAUAAUGGAAACCGAAUCGUGGAUGUCAACCUCACUAGUGAAGCAAAAGUCAAGCUUGUCCCAAACACCAAGGUCCCAAUGUCCUACUCAGUUAAGUGGAAAAAGUCUGAUGUCAAGUUUGAAGAUCGAUUUGACAAAUACCUUGAUCCUUCAUUUUUCCAGCACAGAAUACACUGGUUUUCAAUCUUUAAUUCUUUCAUGAUGGUCAUUUUCUUGGUGGGAUUGGUGUCCAUGAUUCUUAUGAGAACCUUACGGAAAGAUUAUGCCCGAUACAGCAAGGAAGAAGAAAUGGAUGACAUGGAUAGAGAUCUUGGAGACGAGUAUGGCUGGAAGCAGGUCCAUGGAGAUGUUUUUAGACCGUCAAGCCACCCUUUGAUCUUUUCAUCACUUAUUGGAUCAGGAUGUCAGAUUUUCGCAGUGUCUCUUAUUGUAAUAAUUGUAGCCAUGAUUGAGGAUUUGUAUACAGAGAGAGGUUCAAUGUUGAGCACAGCUAUAUUUGUCUAUGCUGCAACAUCUCCAGUCAAUGGGUACUUUGGUGGAAGCCUAUAUGCCAGGCAAGGAGGACGGAGGUGGAUAAAGCAAAUGUUCAUCGGAGCUUUCCUGAUACCAGCCAUGGUUUGUGGGACUGCAUUCUUUAUCAACUUUAUUGCCAUCUAUUAUCAUGCUUCCAGAGCGAUCCCAUUUGGAACAAUGGUUGCUGUGUGCUGCAUUUGUUUCUUUGUGAUUCUUCCAUUGAACCUGGUGGGCACGAUUCUGGGUCGGAAUCUGGCAGGACAGCCAAACUUCCCCUGUCGUGUCAAUGCAGUUCCCCGGCCUAUUCCAGAGAAGAAAUGGUUCAUGGAGCCAGCUGUCAUUGUAUGCCUUGGUGGAAUACUACCAUUUGGAUCAAUUUUUAUUGAAAUGUAUUUCAUCUUUACCUCCUUCUGGGCAUAUAAGAUCUAUUAUGUGUAUGGUUUUAUGAUGUUGGUGCUGGUCAUUCUUUGCAUUGUGACGGUCUGUGUAACUAUUGUAUGUACAUACUUCCUUCUAAAUGCUGAGGACUAUAGGUGGCAAUGGACAAGUUUUCUUUCUGCUGCCUCCACUGCAAUUUAUGUUUACAUGUACUCCUUUUACUAUUACUUUUUCAAAACAAAAAUGUAUGGAUUGUUUCAAACAUCAUUUUACUUUGGCUAUAUGGCAGUAUUUAGCACUGCCUUGGGAAUUAUGUGCGGAGCCAUUGGUUACAUGGGAACAAGUGCCUUUGUUCGGAAAAUUUACACUAAUGUGAAAAUUGACUGAGGGAUCCAGCGGAAAUGGGAACUGUGGAUCAGAUACUACUUUUUUUUUUCUGGGGCUGGGGGUGAAACAUGCACAUUAGUGCCAGAAGAGAUUGGGUUUUAACACUGGGUACUGUGUUGGUCUCCGUUCUGUGGAUGGCUUAAAAUGGCAUCUAUUUCAUUGAUCCUAGUUUUCUUACAGACUGCUCUUUCCAACAAGUCACAGCAAAUGCUUGGAUUAUAUGCAGUAAGCAAUUAAACCAGUACAUGGCUAAUCUUCCCAAAAAAAAAAAAAAUAA